GAUAGCUUUUAGAAAUAUAUAAAAAUAUACAGAGAAUGAAUAUGUGAUGUCAAAGCUCAUUCUAGCUCACCAUAAAUAGGGAUUUUAUGCAGUCUUCAGAGUAUAAUUUUGUUUCACAACUGUGUCUCUCCCUCGCUUCUUUAGCCUUCCAAGAUAGAUCUAAAGACAGCAAAAAGUAAUUCUCUCAGAAAAGCUCAACCAGACUCCCUUCGUCUCUACCCUCAGCAUCAGAAAUGGAUUCAUACAAACACAUUUUAGGCGCAGAAGGAUGCAGCAGCAGCGAAUCUGGGUGGACAACGUACCUUGCCUCUCCCGUGCAAGAAGAUGAGGAUGACGAGGGCAGUUAUGAUGGUAAUAACUACAAGGCUCAGGAUGUGAGUAAUAAUUAUCACUAUGCUGCUGCUGCUGCUGCUGAUGAAGUCAGUGAUGACUCAAUGGCUUCUGACGCUUCCUCCGGUCCCUAUCACCAAAACACCCAUGAGAACGGUCAUGGAACAGAAAAUUUUAAGCACAACAAGGGUGGUCAUUUCAACCUCCAAUCUUCCUCACCCAAAAAAACGGGGCGGAAGGACAAGAAGGGUGACAAAAACAGUGCUAAAAAGAGCCGGAAACUUGAUACUCACAGAAAACGCUAGUGGUCCUAUUAGCAGAGAGCAAGAUUCUUAAAACUCGACGUCACAGACAGAUGAGAACAUGUAAUUUUUCUCAUAAAUGUUCUUAAAGAGAGGAAACAUAGUCCAGAUAUUUUCUAUCCAAAACUUUUAUGUUCCAGAUUCACUGCUUUCAUGAAAUAAAUUGUGAGGCUGCAGAGUAAAGAGAAACAAAAUAUAGGAACCAUUUCUCAUUUAAUCAUUCUUAUCAGCGCAGAGAACAAAGUUUAUAAAUAUGAUUUACUGACAGUGUUGACUGCAAAAGCACAUGUUGAUCAUUGCAUUAAAAAGUCAUUUCAUUUUGAUACUGCAGCGACCUAUGAGAUUAAUGAGCAUAUGCAGUGUACAGUGUCUGAGGGGUAAGAGGUUGAGCACAUUCUGAUGUAUAAAAAUGAAAUGCAGUUUUUACAUAUGAGCAUAUGCGCGCUUGGAAAUGAAUUAAGUAUUAGUCAACAGCUUGUGCUCUUCUGGGAAAAACUAAGUUCCUUUGUCUUUUUUCCCUUGGGCAGGAGGAAAGCGAAGAGAAGAUCAGCACAGAAACAAAAUGCGAGUACUGAAUAUUGAUUUGGUUGAUUGAGGUUCAAGAAUAAAAUGAUUCCAUAUUAGUUUACAAGAAAACAUUACUUUGGCAGCAGAAACUUAAAGAUAUAGUGCAUUGUAUAUUGCGUCCAUUAUGUCUUUGUGUGCGCAUGCUAUGAAUCAACAGGGUAUGUUGUGCUGGAAAGAAGAGUGAUCAACCUAGAAAGACAAACGCCAACCAUGGUGAGCAACAAGCACAUUCUAGUGACAGAAUAAUGGCACCAAUCUGCAAGCGAGGGGGGUACAAGCGCAACAGCUAGGAAACUGCAGAGCAUGGGCUGUGCCUCAAAAGCAAAACAACAUUACAAAAAGCACUCCAUAAAAUCUGGCAUCAUUGGUUUAAAAAUAAAACAUGUAUUCAGGAAGCCUCUACUCUUCAAAUGAAAACAAAGAGCAAAAUAUAUAAAAUUAGCAUAUUUUAUGAAAGACAGACAAGAACAAAACGAAUAUAUAUAUAUAUAUACAUGAAAACACUAAAGAGCUGUUAGCACCGCUAAUUAAAAGACAAGAGACUUAAUCAAGUUCACUGCUCCUCAUCACCAAUAAUACAAAGGGUUGCAAUCACUUUUACAUAAAGUUUUGUCCUCCAGUUUAUGGCAUUUAAUCAACUUUUUUUCUCAACAGCACGUCAACAGAAUGCAGCUGUAGAAAAUAAAAGUCAACGAAGUGAAUAUCUGUCCUUCCUUCCCUUAAGCUUGGACUAUAUGACUAAAUGAAAAGGGCAAUCAUCCCUUGCAUUCAAUUAUUGAAUUGUAGCAUGCCAAGGAAUCUUCUGUAUUGGGGAAAAUGAUAUAGUUAAUAAUUGUAGUAAUAAUGCAAAUGAACAUAUAAUUGGGGCAACACACAACCUUCUUCAUUAUAAUUAUAGAAGCGAUAACCGACUAUUGUACUAUUACUUCUAGAUCAUUAGCAUAACUUUUCUGUUUCUGAAAAAAACCAGAUGCAAGAGAUGUUUCAAGAUAAGAUUGUUACUUCGUAAAAGGUUAGCACGGGUUUAAUUGGAUAAAUGAUGACAGAAUUCAAGUGAUAGUUGCAGCAUUGAAUAUAUACAUUUUGCUUGCCUAUAGUCAUUACAAAAACAGCCAAACCCUGAGUUUCAUCCCCUCAAAAUGCCUUUUUUGAUCAACAACUACCACACAUACGGGUUAUUUUAUGUCUUUUAUUUGAAUAAUUUCAAAAUUCAUCACGUAUUCAAUAACUCAAUUAUCUAAAUAAUCAUAGUAUUAAGGUGAAUGAAUAUGUUUUAACUGGACGCCAGUUUAGAAUUUCAGAACCUGACUACAAAAGACAUCCCUGCUAUUAAAUAAGGUAGAAGAUUUACACGAUCCCCCAUCAUCUGGUGGUUGGCUCUCCUCUGUUCUUAUAGAAGGCAACCAAAUCUAGGACCUCAUGUAAAAAUUAGGCACAACAAAUUCAAAUGUAAAGUUGAAAAGUAUAAACCAACAUCAAGUGGACGGCAAUAUUGUAAAGUAAAUAUAUUGUUGGUGAAGAGCAAAUAAAGAAAAUAACACCAAAAGAGAAAUUAUUGUUCAAACAUCUGAUUUCAUACUCUUAUUGCUCAAAAGCACCAUUAAAUAUCUCUUUAAAAUGAAAUGGGGCUACAAGCUUGGAUGAGGAAUCCGGU